CGAGGUUACACGCAUAUAGAUCUUGCGCCACUACCACCACUCAAAGAUACACUUUUUGUAUACAUCUACUUCUCCUGUAGACGUCAAUACUGCUAUAAACUCUUGCGACCAAUAAUACAACCACACUACGCCUGAUAUACCUACACACUCUUGAUAAGCAUCAGCUGUUCCCACUGCCAAGCAUGGCUUCAUAUUCAUUCAAGAACCCGGCCACAUACCACUUACUGAGUUAUGGCACCCUCCUCGGCUCCACGCUCUUCCAGUCCUUUAUCGCCGGCGUCGUAGCCUUCAAAGUCCUCCCGCGGCCCCAAUUCUCCACACUCCAAAAACACACAUUCCCUGUGUACUUCACGCUCCAAACGGUUACACCGCUCGCCAUGCUGCUCACCUACCCGUCCGGCGCAUCUCGUUUGGUGCCUUACCUAUCGUCCACGCCCGUUCUGCAAUCGCCGACAGAUAGGCUGAAUGUCUGGCUCGUUGGCACGAUGCUGUUCACUGCUGUUGCGAACUUGGUGUAUGUUGGACCCAAAACAACGGAGAUUAUGAGCGUGAGGAAACAUCAGGAGACGCGGGAUGGAAAGGCGGCGUAUGACAAGGGGCCGCAUAGCAAGGAGAUGCAGGCGUUGAACAGGCAGUUUAGUAUCUUGCAUAGUAUUAGCAGUGUUACAAACCUUGUGGGUCUAGGCGCGAUGGUUUGGUAUGGGGCGGUUUUGGGCGCGGGGUUGAGCUUUCAACAUGUUGCGUUGUAAAUGUGUAGGCGCGGUGGAGAAGACGACUUGGAAGCAUGUCUGCGGUAGUGCUGAUUGAUUGGUUUAACGUCCUAUCUGAGUCUAAAACUAUGGAAGACGAACCUGCGGUAGUGUAUAUAUAGAGAAAUGUCUAUAAGAGGAUGCGUAAGUGGUCGCUUGAAGUCUGUGUCUGUUCGAUAGCUGCAAUGAC